AUGGGUUUUUUUGAAUUUAUCUCCAUAUUCAUUAUGGUCCUACUUUUCCCAUCAUCUCAUCCCAAAGCCAAAGGUAUCGCUUCCGAUUCUGCUAGUGAGGCGGCUGGUCUUUUGAAAUGGAAAGCCAGUUUUCAAAACCAGAACAAUAGCUUGCUAACCUCGUGGAACCUCCAACCCAAAAAUGCCAAGAAUUCUUCCAACCUUCCAUGCACUUGGGCUGGUAUUUCAUGCAUUAAUGGAAGUGUCAACAGGUUGAAUCUCUCAGAAUACAGCAUAAAAGGUAGCCUUUAUGACUUCCCAUUUUCAUCCCUCCCAAAUCUUGAAUAUCUUGAACUUAGCCUGAAUCAGAUCUUUGGCAGCAUACCUCGUGAAAUAGGUAACUUGUCGAAGCUCAUUUAUCUUGAUUUCUCAGUUAAUGAGCUGUCACAAGAAAUCCCACCUGAAAUUUGCAACUUGAGAAACUUGACUCAUUUAGCUCUCGGAAGUAAUCAACUUUCAGGUCCAAUUCCAUCAGGAAUUGGAACUCUGCAUAAUCUGAUUGAACUUUAUCUGGACAACAACACUUUGAUAGGUUCAAUUCCAGCCACUUUUGGUAACCUCACUAGGCUAGUUAACUUAUACCUUUCCCAUAAUCUCCUAUCUGGACCCAUUCCUCCUACGAUCAGGAAUAUGAUCUCACUUCAAUUUCUUAUUUUGUCUCAAAAUAAUCUUUCUGGUGGAAUCCCAAAGUCACUUGGAACUUUAUCCAAUUUGAUUGGUCUAAUUCUCUUUGACAAUCAACUUUCAGGUCCAAUUCCAAAGGAAUUGGGUGAUCUAAAACUCCUUACCAAUAUGGAAUUGGGCGAAAACCAACUUAGUGGUUCCAUUCCUGUUUCAAUUGGUAACUUGAGUAACUUGGAAAAACUGUUUCUCCGAAAAAACCAAUUUUCUGGUUCCAUUCCACAAAAGCUUGGAAACUUGAAAAAGUUGGCAAUUUUGGUAUUGGAUCAAAAUCAGCUCUCUGGUCCAUUGCCAGAAUUGCUAUGUCAAAAUGGCUCACUCCAAAUCAUUUCUGUAUCUGAGAACGUGCUUACAGGUCCAAUCCCUGGAAGCUUGAAAAAUUGCUCAAGCUUGAUUAGGACCCGUUUCAAUGGGAACCAUUUCCACGGUAACUUGUCAGAAAUGUUCGGCAUCUAUCCAUUCCUGGACUUCAUAGAUCUCAGCAACAAUGAGUUCUACGGUGAACUCUCCAGCAACUGGGUUGAAUGCAAAAUCUUGAAAACCCUGAUAAUUGCAAAGAAUAACAUCACAGGUGGUAUACCUUUAGAAUUUGGAAAUUUAUCUCAACUGCAUGCACUUGACAUUUCUUCAAACUUUUUAUCCGGGGAGAUACCAAGGGUAGUGGGGAAGUUGACCUCUAUGCUUAAACUAGAUUUACAUGAGAACCAAUUUCUUGGUGGUGUACCUCAGGAAUUGGGAAUGCUAACCGAACUUCUUUAUCUAGACCUAUCCACAAAUUCCUUGAAUGGAUCUUUUCCAGAACAUUUGGAAGAUUUGAAGCACUUGUUUUACAUGAACUUGAGCAACAACAUUUUCAGCCAAAAGAUUCCAUUCGAGAUUGGCAAGUUGACCCAACUUUCUGAACUAGAUUUGAGUCUAAAUUUCUUCACAGGAGAGAUACCAUCAGAGUUCCGAAGUUUGCAGAGUCUGGGAACAUUGGACCUCUCCCACAAUAACCUCUCUGGUUUAAUCCCAAAGGCUUUAGCAGAAUUGCCUGGUUCAUUGCAAAUUAAUAUUUCUUUCAAUAAUUUAGAGGGUCCAAUUCCAAGUGGCAAAGCCUUUGUGAAUUUAACCAUAGAAGAAGUAAAGGGAAAUAAAGGCUUGUGUGGCAAUAUUACAGGGUGCAUUCUUUGGUAUUCUCAAAUUGCGUGA